CACACGGACACGUUUGACCAUCUCUGCAUCAGCCGGUCUCUCUCUCUCUCUCUCUCUCUCCAUCUCUCUCCAUCUCUCCGGCGCAUUUCUCCUUCGUUCCCAGCCGUAGCUUUGUGCUCCUUCUCGCUUCAGCGUGCGGACGGAUUCUUCCUCUUGCGCUCCUCCUCCUCCUCCUCCUCUCUCCUCUCUUUCUUCCACACCUUUCCCUUCUCCCUCUUCUCUUUUUCUGUCUGCCCGCUCGGAGGCCCUCUCUCCAUGACGUCGUCGCGGGCGCCGGGCCGGGCGCUGGGCCUGGCGCGGGCACGGGCACGGGCGGCCCUCCCGGCGCUGCUCCUGCUCCAGGCGGGCGCGCUGGUGGGGGUGGCGCGGGCGAGCGUGGAGGCGCACCUCUCCCCGGAGUGCCGGGCGUUCCUCUACAGGGGCACGGCGCCCGCGGGCCUGGAGUCCCCCUCGCUGCGGAGGAUCUGCCAGCGCUACGGCGGGCGGGCGCGCUACGUCACCCUCUACGACACCGCCGGCCGCGCGCCCGUCUACUCCGCCUACACCUUCAAGCGCUCCGACGGGGAGAGGAGGGCCAACGCCCCCUGGAUGUUCGAGCCGCAGCUGUCCGCGUCUUCGGGAAGCCGGGAGAUGCAGCCGAUGGGGCGGGGCGAGGCGAGCCGGAGCCUGGAGGACGCCCAGGCCGUGCUGGAGGACUACGACGACGCCGCCGGCUACGAGCGCGGGCAGCUCAACCCGGACGAGCACCAGGCCGACCCCGGCGACAAGGCCGCCACCUACGCCCUCACCAACGCGGUGCCGCAGGCGCGCGAGUUCCGGGCGGGGCCGUGGGCGGAGCAGCUGCACGCCGUGCGCCGCCGCCUCAACAACUACUGCCGGGGCGUGGCCUACGUGGUCACGGGCGUCACCGGCGCGGGCCACGCGAUCCGCCGGCAGAGCGCGGACCGCGUGGCCGUCCCCGCCUGCAUGUGGUCGGCCUACUGCUGCGUCGACUUCGACCGCAGCGCCCCCUACGGGGAGCGCCACAAGCUGCCGGCCUUCGCCCACUACGGCCUCAACGACAGGCGGAACAACCAGGUCUCCGAGAUGCCCGUCGGGAAGCUGGAGGAGUUCCUCAAGGGCUCCACGUACGUGGAGAAGAGCUUCCGGAUCUUCGCCGACGACUGCGUGCCUCCUCCCCCCGUGCGUCCGUAGCUCGCUCGCCCGACGGACCCUGGGUCAAAUACGCAUUUUGGUUUUGGAUUCAAGUACUGAUCUUCUGUGCUUUGCUGAUCUUGUCUGGUGUAUUGGAACCAAUGAAAUACUCUCAAAAAUCCCCUCUCAAAUGAUCUCAAAUGGCAGGCUCAAUUACACCAGGCAAGAUCAAUAGAGCACAGAAAAGUAUUUGAAUCCAAAAUAAAUACGUAUUUGACCCAGGUCUGCUUCCCAAAAAAAAAAAAAAAAAGCCCAUGAGGCUGUACUCAAAUUCAAGGGUCCAGUGCUGUUAAAUACAUUUCACAAGUCUGGCAUAACUUUACAGCCAAUUAAAAAAUAGUUCUAGAUAACUUUCUGAGAAUUAUUACAUUAGUUUUUUUCCUCCCUGGUACUGAAUCUUUUAUUUCUCCCAGAAGAUUGCAAAAUAAAAAAAACAAAUAAAAACGGGAUUGCUUAUUGUUUAAACAGAAACACAUUUGGGUUUCUGCAGAAAAUCAAUAAAAAC